UAUACUUACGGGAGUAGAUAAACUUUGAGGUUGUGCAGAUGAUUGAUCGAAGAUCUUCCUAAUCCAAUCCAUUACACGAAAGGCGAAGACUUGCCUAGCGAACUCAAGGCAGCUCUAUCGUAGUCGGCUCAACAUAGCUCAAGUCGUAAAGUGGUCGAGCUCGAAACUAUUUGGCAGAAACACAAUGCUCCCAGCUUUAUAGCCUCCAACAAUUUGUCAAAGGAAUCAAAAUCUAUAAUUAUGUUGUGUCUAGCAGUUGCAGUCCAGCUCAAAAGUAUAGCAAAAGGGCAGGCUUUAUUUUUCAAUUUCUUUUACCUCUCUCGUGGAGAGUGAAAAUCACAGCAAUAAACAAGUCUUGGCAAAAACCAAGUGAUUUACUAUCCUUUAAACCGUAAUGGCUCUGAUCAAUCUUCACCUCCUUCUCCUACUCGUUCUCCUCCAGUUCGGCCUACAACGAGAAGUUUCCGGCAUUGGAAUAAACUACGGCACGAUCGGGAACAACCUCCCUUCCCCGAAGAGGGUGGCUCAGCUACUCCAAUCCACCCUCAUUGAUAAGGUCAAGAUUUAUGACAGCAACCCUGAAAUCCUUGAAGCCUUUUCUAAUACCGGCAUUGACCUCAUUGUAGCUGUAGAAAACUCGCAUGUUGCAAACAUAAGCGCCAACCCUUCAGCAGCCGAUCAAUGGUUCGCCACACGGGUUAUGCCCUUCAUUCCGGCCACUUCCAUCGUCGCCAUUGCCGUAGGCAAUGAGUACUUAACCUCAGACGACGAUAAGUUGGAUCAUAAUGCUUUAGUACAAGCAAUGCAGAAUUUGCAUUCAGCUUUACUUAGUCGUGGAUUAAACCGUAAAAUUAAGGUCACGACGCCACAUAGUAUGGCUGUUCUUGCCUCUUCGUUUCCUCCUUCGGCUUCGACUUUCGCCACCAUGCUCCUCCCUACGAUGACCGCCAUUGUCGGGUUCUUAGCAGAUACCGGUGCACCAUUCAUGGUGAAUGCAUAUCCAUAUUUCGCCUACCGAGACAAUCCAACCACGGUUAGUCUAGAAUAUGCCUUAUUAGGCAAUGCAACCGCAGUACAUGAUACUAAGGGAAUUAUGUACACUAACAUGUUAGAUGCACAAAUCGAUGCAGUUCGAUCUGCUAUCGGUUCACUAGGAUUUGGAAACCGAUCAAUCAAGAUUACGGUUUCAGAAUCUGGGUGGCCAUCAAAGGGCGAUGCAGGCGAUAUCGCAGCAACACCUGACAAUGCAAGAACCUACAACAGCAGGCUAAUCGAACGCGCACAGUCGAAUAAAGGGACCCCCAUGAAGCCUAAGGAGAUUAUAGAGAUUUUUGUGUUUGCUUUGUUCAAUGAAAACAAGAAACAAGGAGGCACCAGUGAGAAAAACUUUGGGAUUUUCAAUGGGGAUGGUUCUAAAGUUUAUAAUAUAGAUUUGAGCUGCCAAUUUUGUUCAAACAAUGCAGAUAAUAAACUAGGUUUUGGGGAGAAAGGAUCCAGUGUGGCAAGGGGUCCUUCUGUUUGGUGUGUGGCUAAACCACAUGCAGAUGAUAAGGUUGUUCAGUCUGUGAUUGAUUUUUGCUGUGGACCAGGAGGAGUUGAUUGCAGGGAGAUCGAUGAAAAUGGAGAUUGCUUUGCACCUGAUAAGUUACAUGCACAUGCAUCAUAUGCCAUGAAUGCAUAUUAUCAGAUGCAUGGAAGAAACUACUGGAACUGUGACUUCAAGGGAUCUGGCCUUGUUACCUUCAGUGAUCCAAGUUAUGGAAAAUGCCAAUAUGCACACCAGUGACAGGCAAGUAGAAAAUCAAGAAGAGAGGUGAAACAUGAAAUUGUGGCAAAUGUAUUCUCGAUGUCCUAAUAUCAAUUAACUCUAUUAAGCUAUAUAAAGAAUCGAUGUUGGAUA